AUGGACUUUAUCAAGCAAGAAGACUUUGUGAAGGAGGAAGAAGGAUAUGAGCCCGGCAUCCCAUCUCACGUGCCACCAUUUCCAUGGAAUGACGAAGACACCAAAUUUACAAUGUUAUUCCGCGACUUCGGAGGCCUGCCUAUAGAGCCCGCUACGGCUGUAGUCAUAGCCUUGAGGACGCUCAUAAGGUUCGAUGAAUUGAUCGUACCGUUCGAGAGGAAGAUUAGCCACUCCGACGAUGGCCUGAGAGCCUGGAGAGAGAACCACAAAAAGGCCGUCGAUCUGAAUAUCGUCGGCCUGCCUGGCUACCCCCAGUUGAUGACAUGCCACCAGGGAAUUUCCACGUGGAACGACAAGGCGUGGGAGACCAGAUACUCAUACCUGGUUGAACAGCGGCGGAAAAUCAUAGACAAACGCCUGACCCAGAUCGGCAUCAAGAAACCAAUGCGGGUGCGGUUCUUUAGGCAGGAACCGGAACAGCCGCGCCGGGCAAUCCUUGCUCAUGAUUCAUCUGGUCGGCUUCGAAGCAUCAAACUCCACUGUGACUGGUGGCAGCCGGUGAAUGUGCUUCUAAGAAGACUGGCACGCCAGUUUCCCGGGCGUUCGGGCGAAAUUUUCUACAAAUUUUGGAAUCCAUCCCCCGGGCUACGUUGUGAGGACGGAAUAGACGAGCUUCGAUUUGUGAACCCACGGCGGACUUGA